GAGAGCGCCACUUUACCCGAUCCUUGGCCACUUCUCGCCAGUCAUCGGCGUGAAGCGCCCGAAGAUCCGCCUCAACUGUAUCACUCGAUACAGUACAGAUACUGUAUAAAGAAUUUAUAAAACUAUAAUAAGGCCCAUAUUGAUGUACGGCUGUGAGGCCCGGACACUGACUGAGGCCUGGAUUCUGAAUACAGAAAGAAAGCAGGUCCUGCAAAAUCUUGGGACCUGUGCAGAGGCCCGACGCCGAAAAAACUCCGAAAUUGAAGAACUCGCAGCCAUCGCCAACAUUAUGGGAGAAAUAAAAGCUCACAGACUCCGUUGGCUCGUCCACGUUGAAAGGAUGGGAGAAGAUCGCGGUGUGAAGAGAGCGUAUCUGGGACGACAAACAGAUUAAAAUGGAUUGGGACAUGUACAUCUGUAUACAAUGCCGCUGGUUAAUGAAUAAAUGUGUGAAGUUCUCUAUACAAUGCCAGAAAGCAAAUAAUAUGCUUUAUCAGAAUAUUAAAUGUGAGGAAAUUCCUUUAAUAAUGGAUUUAAGAAUAUUUAGGUCAGAAAUUAAUUAUCCUGACGCAGAAGACCAGGAAUUUAAUGAGCCACAGGAUUAUGGUGAUGAUCAUUCAAAUGAUGAUGAUGAGAUGCCAUUGGUGAUGUUCCAAGAGUUAAAGAGGAGAAAUGAGGAUAAACUUGAACCGGAAAUAAAAGAAGAAAUAGAAAUAAAACUAGAGUUUCCUCAAGAAUGUGGCAAGAGAAAGAAAAAGAAGGAAAUCAGAGAGGGAUUCUCUUCUAGAAUGGUUCAGGAGACGGAAGAAUAUCUAGUUAUAAAGCUCACCAAAGAACAGGUACUUUCAGAGAUGGCCGACAAAGCUUUAACAGAAUCAUAUAUAAGGUCACCUUAUAAAUGCGAGAAAUGUGUGAAAGGUUUUAAUUUUGAGCAAGUUUUGCUCUCCCAUAUGGAGAAACACAGAGUGGAGAACGGGACUUACCAGUGUGAUAUAUGCACACAAUAUUGUAAGAGCCCAGUGUCUUUGAGAGGCCAUAUUAAGUCACACACAACUAGAUACCAAUGCAAGUUAUGCGGUCAGGUGCGUCUGUCAAGACAGCAUCUGCUUGAACACCACGCCAUCACCCACACGUCAGCGCCAACAACGUACAGCUGCGAUAAAUGCCAGUUCACAACCAAUAAAAGAACAGUUAUACAGCGUCACGUGAAGAUAACACACUCGGGAGAGAGACAUGAGUGUGAGCACUGCGGGAAGGUGUUCGGAAGUCUGGUGUCACUCAGGGUGCAUAAUAUGCGCCAUGAUAAAUCGAAACGUUUAGAAUGCGAUCAGUGCGAAAAGAAAUUCAUCUAUCCAUCGUUAUUGAAGAAACACGUACAGGCUGUUCAUGAACGGAAGGAUUAUUACUGUGUGGAGUGCGAUGUCAGGUUCAAAUCCCCGGACACUUUAAGAAUACACUUCAAGAAAGCGAAACGUCAUAGAGAUGCGUCAUCUUACAACCACGCGUGCCCCCUCUGCCCCCUGCGGCUGCCCUCGUCCUCGUCCCUGUCGGGCCACCUGAGCUCUGCCCACGCCCAGCCGCGGCCGUUCCCCUGCGCGCGCUGCCGCCGCCGCUACAGCAGUCGCGACGCGUUGCGAUCUCAUACCUGGAGGCACCAUCAGCGGGGUGGCUGCCAGGACGAAAAUAAGGCUCGCAAGAGCGUGUUAAAAGUCCACGUGCGAUCUCAAUCGGGCCCGCGACCACAUGCGUGCGACUGUGGCGCCACCUUCACGCAGCUAUCCAGCCUAAGGACACACCAGAUCACCAAGCACUCGAAACAAGAAGAACUAAUACAGAACGGAACAGAACAAACUCCUAACUUACCACAAGAAGGAUAGAGAAAAUAAGACUAAUUACAAGUGCCCCACGGUGGGCGCCAACACCAGCCCGUGACUGUCCCACUGCAGGCCUCUCAUACAGAGAACGAGCAUUGAUCAC